AUGGUCGAACCAAUUAUUUCACCCUCAAUUCUUGCAUCCAACUUUGCUGAUUUGGGAUGCAGCUGUAAAAGAGUAGUCGACACCGGAGAUGUCGAUUGGUUACAUUUGGAUGUCAUGGAUGGCCACUUUGUUCCAAACAUCUCGUUUGGACCACCAGUGAUUGAGAGUUUAAGAAAACAGUUUCCAAGAGACAGCAACAAGCCCAUUGUGUUUGAUUGCCACAUGAUGGUUUCGGACCCAGAGGAAUGGAUUGAGGCCAUUGCCAAAGCUGGUGGAGAUUCGUACACUUUCCAUUACGAAGCAACCAAGGACCCCGCUUCAGUCAUUGCCAAGAUCAAGAAACAUGGAUUGAAAGCAGCAAUGGGUAUCAAACCAAACACACCAAUUGAUGUUGUUUACCCAUUUGCAGACGAUUUAGAUAUGGUAUUGGUCAUGACCGUUGAACCAGGUUUCGGUGGUCAAAAGUUUAUGGCCGAUAUGAUGCCAAAAGUUGAGACUUUGAGACAGAAAUACCCACACUUGAACAUCGAAGUCGAUGGUGGUUUGGGUAAGGAUACUGUUAAGCCCGCGGCAGUUGCAGGAGCUAAUGUGAUUGUUGCUGGUACAUCGGUAUUCAAGGCAGAGAAUCCAAAAGAAGUGACACAAUUCUUAAAGAAAACUGUAGAAGAAAGCAUAUUAGCUAGAUCUAAAUAG